CACAAACAUAACCAAAGGCAAUCAAUUUCAGCUACGUCGUGAUACAGUUAUACUUCUAAAGAAGAUGGGUGAGACCAGCUUGACAUUAGGCGCCGCCGUCCAGGUUUCCUCUCCAAACGAGGAUGAUACUCAGUGGAAGAUCGAACAAACGGAAGUAGGCAAAAAUCUCUAUAUCCCUUACGGUGUCGCCGAGCUUGACUGGGCAUUGGGACCUACCAGAAUCUCGGGAUAUGUUGAUACAAGCACAUUAGACAUCCGCAUUGAUCCUGUCAUCAAUGGGAUUUAUGUGGGCGCCAUUACCGGCAGCUUAAAGGACGGCGUGGCUAUCCAGUUUAACCUCUUUACAACGAAAGGCAUUACCAAAAUUUACCUCAAAAAUGGAAACGAGGUCUGGCUAAACUUGCACCAAAAAGUCAAAUUCGACGGCACCUUCCAGGGUGACUACAAAAUCUUGACUAUUUAGUUAUGUUACCAGGAGUGAUUUGGGCUUUCAAUUUGAAUAUCUGAGAUCCUCUGAUAUGAUAAUAAGCGUCAAUCCUACAAAGUUGUCAUUGAAAUAGCUGAUUCCAUGAGAUGAGGUUUCCAAUAACACCCAUUGGCGUCUGUCAUUACAGUGUCAGUUAGAGUAAGAAAUGUUUUGCAAGCACUGCUUAGACCGGAUAUUAACCAGCUUUGAUUUGGGCCAUGACUAUAUGUAGACGCAUACACAGCUCAGUAAUUGCACAGAGGAAUUGAAACUAUAGAUUGCUCAGAGAAUAAGGCUAACAUUAUCACAUAUUAUCUACUUCAAGCGGCG